AGGCUUCAAUUCUUUGCUAUGGUGGCAGCACCAUUCUGCCGAUGUCGAGUACUUUAUAUCGGUAGUGCUGUACCAACAAUAACCAAAGAUGGACUACAAGGAAUUCAACAACCUUUACGUGAACGUUAUCCAAUCGGUGGUAAUGCUGAUACAAAAGGGAUUGAUUCCUGGUUAUCAGUAUGGUCUAAUGGUUUGUUAUUAGAAUACAUUGAUGGUGAUAAAAGAACUGAAACGGCUUUUCAUCCAAUUAAUUCCCUACACUAUUGUGCAGCAGUACGAUAUGUAAAUGUAACCGGAUAUGCGAUUGAAGGAGGUGGAGAACGAUUUCUUCCUUUAGAUUCACCAUUUGCAAAUGGUGAGGAUAAUCAACAUCCACCAAUUUUUGCUGCUAUUUUUAGGAGGACAACUGGAAUUAAGGUGCUAGAAUGUCACGCAUUUAUAUGUACAAAUGCAAAAGCGGCAAAUGCUCUCGUACGUUGCUGCUUCCAUGCGUACGCUGAAUCAAUGUAUAUUAAGUUAGAUGAACGAUUACCCACUUUAAAAUCUAUUAAGGAAGCUAGUAGAAGUGCUAGUCCACCAAGUGAACCACUUCCAAGUGAAAUCGAAGAAAUAACGGCAAUCGAAGAUGACAAAGAUUUGGAGCAACAACGAUGGGCUGAACGAGCAAUCGGUAAAGAAGCCUGGGAAAGGCGGCAACAAUCAGGUGAAUAUGAUUCGGCAAGUAUAUCUUCAUCCAUUGCUAAUCGUUUUCGAAACAAAAAGCAAGGUCGUGAUCGAACAAAUGGUGUUCAAGCUUUGAUACCCUAUGCAAAUGGCAUAGAUUCAUUUUCACAACGGGCGGGUAGUGACAUUGGUAUGGUAUGUGGUGAUGGCGGUAGUGAAACACCAUGUCCUGGCAUGUAUCCAGGCAUGUUACCGCCACACUUUCGUGGCGGAUCAUUGCCAUUAUCGCACAUGAUCCCAGCACAUCCACUAAUACGGCCACCAUUAUUUGUGCCAUUUCCGCCACCACCGCCACCACCACCGCAUUUACUACCACCAAUGCAUCGUCUUAUGCCAAUGAUGGGAGCGCCACCUCCACCAAAUUUUGGAAUGCCACCACAUUUACCGCCUGGUAUCUAUCCUCUCCCGCCUCCACAUUUCGGUUUACUACCGCCACGAUUCAUGGCUCCAUAUGGGCCAAUACCAUCGCCAAUAGGACGGCCACGAACACCACCUGACGGACCAAUUAUUACUGGUCCUGAAUCAGUCUAUGGUACGCUACCAAGGAGACUGGCUUAUGAAGAGCCAAUUUAUAUGCCCGGAAAUGCACCCUAUAUGCCGCCACAAGCGAGCUAUCAACCGGGAAAUUACCUAACGGAUCAAUACGACACUUAUUAUGAUUCGUUGAAAAGGCAACGCAGCCAACAUCACAACAACAAGGGAUCAGCUGGCGCUGAAUCUCAGACGAGUUCGAGGCGUGUGGCGGCUACAUCAGAAAACGACGGAUCAUCGCAAUUUUGGGAUUCAUACGAAGCUAGUAUAUAUCGGAAGCCACACUUAAAUGAGAAGGCAUUCUCAGCAACCGCACGUUCAAUGUCAACAGCAACAACUAUUGUAACAGCUACCAAUCAUAAUCAUCCUAGUACAAGUACCACUAAUCAUCAUUUGAAUACAACCACAGGAAUGGGAAUUGGUACAAUUGAUAUUGUAGCAAGGCCUGAAACACCACCUGCUGAUUAUGAUACUGCAUUUAAUGAAAUGCAUAUCAGUGAUAAUACCGCUAACAGUAAACAACAGCAACAACAACAACAACAGCAGCGUCCCACUGCUGUCAUUUAUUAAAUAAUUGUUUAACUGAAUGUGGACUAUGUAAAUUUUUCGAAAUAUUAAAGAAAGUUUUUUUUUUCUUUGAAUCCAAAA